ACGCCUUUAUGUUUUGCAUGUCCACCUUGUGAACCUCGUGUGUGAUGUGUGUGAAUGGAGGGCUGUGUGAUGGGGAGGAGGCUGGAAGAUCUCACUGCUGGGACUCUUCAAAGACAGUCAUACUAAAUAAGGGAGAGGGAAAAAAGCGCCGCGCCCCCUUGUGAAGCCAAUUUUACGCACCCAAACAAACCCCGAGAAAAGACAUUUCGGAUAAAACGCAAAACUCCCCGCAUUUGGGUUAUUGUGCUAAUUAUGAUUAAGUAGUCUUAUUGUUGUUUUUACUUUAAAAGCCUCCGCGUAAAUGCAUAGUAUUGUUGUUGCGUCCACGAGGAGCGCCUUUUGUCUGCGCGCGCGUGACGGCGCAGGGAAACCCCACGUCCGCGCGCGUGCAUCGACGGUGACGUAUCAUGUACAGUCUGACAGCGCGACACCGCCGAAGGUGCAAAACAAAGCGCAUGGAGUCCGAAACCACCGCUCAUGACGCUCGUGGGAAUAAUCGGGAAUUAUCUAAGCCUUUCUCUCAUUUGCAUCCCGUGAUUUGUGUGCAUUUCCACAAAAAAAAGCCUGAGGCGUGACGACAUCACGGGUUCGACACCUGCGAAAGCAGCGCCACCACGGAAUUAAAUGAAACUCUUUAUUUAAUAAAUCCUCAAUAGUUUAUUCGCUUCAAAAUCACAGUAGUUUAUAGUCCUGCUCGAGUGCGUAAUUAAGUUUACCAGUAUUUGACGCUGCCUUAUGUUAAUGUUAGUUGUUGUUGGUCUCCAUCGAAACGGGAGGAGCGCGCGGAGCCACAAUACGCAUCUCUUUUCUUCGAAGUACCCUUAUUUCUUCGCCGAAUAAAAGAAGAGAAGAGCUUUAAUUGGACAAAGGGGAUACCCGAAGACGCGGCGAUGCUGAAAUGAGGUGAUAGCGCUUCAGGCACACACGCAGAGUUCAGCGUCCCACAUGUCACGAAGUAAAUGAGUCCACGAGACCACAUUUAAGGGAUUACGCGACGCAAAGAGAACACGAUUUGAGUUUGGGAAAGUGUUGUUUGGAUACACGCAUCGCUCGGCGUUCCCGCACGCGCGUCUGAUGAAGUUCUCCAGAGCGCGGAAAGAGUGCUGAGAGUGGCGCGAAGGUCAGCCUGAGCUCCGGACUCUCCGCGGGACUCCGAGGAUGCCGGUGCGAAGAGGACACGUCGCGCCGCAAAACACUUUCCUCGACACCAUCAUCAGGAAAUUCGAAAGUCAGAGUAGAAAGUUCAUCAUAGCCAAUGCGCGGGUGGAGAACUGCGCCAUCAUCUUCUGUAACGAUGGCUUCUGUCACAUGUGCGGCUACACCCGGGCGGAGAUCAUGCAAAAGCCCUGCACCUGUAACUUUCUGUACGGCCCACACACCAAGCGGCUGGCUAUCGCGCAGAUGGCGCAGGCGCUGCUGGGCUCCGAGGAGAGGAAGGUGGAGAUUGCGCUCUACAGGAAAGACGGUGUGUGUUUCCUGUGUUUGGUGGACGUGGUCCCUGUAAAGAAUGAAGAUGGCGUAGUGAUCAUGUUUAUUCUGAAUUUCGAGGUCAUGCCUGACGAUAAGCUACAUGACCCCCAGGAUCUCAAUCACAAGCUGCCUCUGCUGUGGCGCCAUUCAAAUCGAGCUCGUGGCAUCCGCUUACGCCUCCCCCUUCUGAACUCCAGAAAUAACAGUAAAUCUUCUCUGCGGGAGGAUCCUGAAGCGGGACGAGGGGCCAGUUUCCCCAGCAGCUCCCGUCCACAGAGCCACGAGUCUCUGGCGCUGGGUGAACUUCUGUCUCUGCCCGAACACCGCGCCACUGCUGCCCUGCCAUCAGCACUGCUGCCUGAAGACCAGCGCAACCUGCUGGGCAGCGCCGCUGCAUCCCCCCCGCCAGCCCCUCCGCACCCUUGCACGCUGCCCCUGGGCCAUUCGUCCCCGCGCCCGCAGCGCCUCAAUCCGGACGCCUCCGUCUCCAACUGCAGCCUGACCAACAGCCGCUCGCGGGAGAGCUUUCACAGCAUGCGGCGCGCAUCUUCAGUGGACGAUAUCGAGGCCAUGAGGCCGGAGUGGGAGAGGAAACACCGCACCCGACCCACCAGCUGCAGCACGGGUGCCAUGAACAACAAGUCCAACAUCCUGAACUCUACCUCUGAUUCGGAUCUGAUGCGUUACCGCGCCAUCAGCAAGAUCCCGCAGAUCACACUCAACUUUGUGGACUUUAAACCGGACCCUCUCAUCGCCCUGCCGGCCGGAGAAAUGGACAUCAUUGCGCCCUGCAAACUGAUCGACCGCACACACAACGUCACGGAGAAGGUCACGCAGGUUCUGUCUCUGGGCGCCGACGUUCUGCCGGAGUAUAAGCUGCAGGCUCCGCGGAUCCACAAGUGGACGGUUCUACACUACAGCCCGUUUAAAGCGGUGUGGGACUGGUUGAUCCUGCUGCUGGUCAUCUACACGGCCAUCCUGACGCCGUACUCCGCUGCGUUCCUGCUGGAUAACGCUGAAGACGGCUCCAUGCAGAACUGCGGAUACUCCUGCAGCCCGCUCAACGUGGUGGAUCUGAUCGUGGACAUCAUGUUCAUCAUCGACAUCGUCAUCAACUUCCGCACCACAUACGUCAACGCUAACGACGAGGUGGUCAGUCACCCGCUGCGCAUCGCCGUGCAUUACUUUAAAGGCUGGUUCCUGAUCGACAUGGUGGCCGCCAUUCCCUUCGACCUGCUCAUUUACAGAAGCGGGGAGGAGGUGAGUGCUGAGCCCACUCAGCAGACCACCCUCAUCGGGCUGCUGAAAACGGCUCGUCUGCUGCGUCUGGUGCGCGUGGCCCGUAAGCUGGACCGCUACUCGGAGUACGGCGCGGCGGUGCUGUUCCUGCUGAUGUGCACGUUCGCUCUGAUCGCCCACUGGCUGGCCUGCAUCUGGUACGCCAUUGGGAAUGUGGAGCAGAACCGCUCCAUCGGCUGGCUGCACGCGCUCGGGGUUCAUCUGGGCAAAGAGUACAACAUCAGCAGCCCGCGCAGCUCCGGGCCCAGCAUCAAGGACAAAUACGUGACCGCGCUGUACUUCACCUUCAGCAGCCUGACCAGCGUGGGCUUCGGGAACGUGUCUCCCAACACCAACUCCGAGAAGAUCUUCUCCAUCUGCGUCAUGCUCAUCGGAUCCCUCAUGUACGCCAGUAUCUUCGGGAACGUGUCUGCCAUCAUCCAGCGGCUGUACUCGGGAACGGCUCGAUAUCACACUCAGAUGCUGCGGGUUCGAGAGUUCAUCCGCUUCCACCAGAUCCCCAACCCGCUGCGGCAAAGGCUAGAGGAGUAUUUCCAGCACGCCUGGUCUUACACCAAUGGCAUCGACAUGAAUGCUGGAAGAACGAUAUAUUCGGGGAGCCCAUCAACCUCUAUGCUCGACCUGGUAAAUCUAACGCAGACGUGCGCGCGCUGACCUACUGCGACCUCCAUAAGAUCCACAGGGAAGAUCUGCUGGAGGUGCUGGACAUGUACCCCGAGUUUUCUGAUCACUUCUGGACUAACCUGGAGAUCACCUUCAACCUCAGAGACACAAACAUGAUUCCUGGAUCUCCCAGCAGCGACGAUUCAGACUGCGCCGGCUUCAACAAACUGCGGAGGAGGAAACUUUCCUUCAGGAGACGAACUGAAAAGGAUGAUGCAGAUGCUGGGGAGAUCAAGAAGAACCAGAAGCCCAUUCGCAGAGGCAGAAAACAAGCAGCCGCUAGCAGGAACGAUCUCAGAUCGGGGUGGGAGGAGCCUCGUAACUCUGUCUCCUCCCACUCCAGUGACGAGGGGGAGGAGGCUGCACACACAAGCCCCACCCCUCCGACUGCACUGAUAGAUGCGGCCGAAGGAGAGGCGGAUCCGAAGACAGGAAACACAUGCAACGCCCUAUCAGGUGCUUUCUCAGGUGUGUCGAAUAUCUUCAGUUUCUGGGGUGAGAGUCGAGGCAGGGAGUAUCAGGAGCUCCCGCGCUGUAACCUGCCGUCUCCUCCACCGCACCCCAGCACACCCCUGCGCAGCAUCAGCCGCCAGCAGCGCAGCCAGAUGGAGAACCGGCUGGAGCUGCUGCAGAAACAGCUCAACAGGCUGGAGAGCCGCAUGUCCACAGAUAUCGGAGCGAUCAUGCAGCUGCUGCAGAGGCAGAUGAUGCUGCUUCCUCCAGCGUACAGCAGUGUGUCCUCCCCACCGCAGGUCUCUGUGUUCCCUGAGAGACUCGUGCAGCCCGUCACCCCGCUGGACUCACAGACCCCUGCCUCGCUCUCACAGUCAUGUGAAUCUCUGAGCAGCAGCACUGAUCUUCAUUUAGCAGAGGGCGCCGUUGCUCCUCGCUACGGCUCCAGGACACUUCUGGAUCUGGACGUCCAGCGGCGUUUUUCUCUACAGGAGCCACAGACGCCACUGAGCCCGCAGACACCGCAGAAGCACAGCUCAGACCCCGGCAGCUAAACACACACACACACACACACACACACACCUGCUGCUUCUGCACUGCUGUCGUCCAGUAUUGGAGAUACACUAAACUACGACACUGAUUCUAACUCAUUUCAAGUAGCCAUUAUGUCUUGCACUGAAUUUUUUCCUCGAUCUUUAUCUUCACGUCUGCGGCGCUUCCAAAAAAACAACAAACUGGUUGAACUUGUUAGUGUUAGCUGGCCUAACAGAAGAUACAUAAUAAUAUUAAUCUGAUGUGUUCUGUCUGUCAUCGCCUUCAUUUACUUGCGCAUCAGUGGAGGCGGAGUCUCAAGCCACGCCCCCCCAGCACUCUGGAUUGGCUGGAUGUCAUUGAUUGGCGGGCGUUUAAAAGCUAUGCUUUUCUGAUGAUCAAUCGUGUGACACUGGAGACCAAUAAUAUGCAAGAGUCAAACACACACCUGCUUAUCUGAUCAGUUUUAAAAUAAUUAACACGUUUAGUUUGAGCUCAUUAGCAUUAGCAAUACUGAAUCCUUUAAAUUACAACCAAACCAAAUAGUGACCAAAAGGAAAUCUGUCUAUUUUGCUUGAUUAUUUAUUUUUUCUGUGGUGAUUAAAGCCCUCGGUUGGAUUAUUUUCAUGGUUUUAUGAGCACUAGAACAUGACAAAUUGACUACAAUCAAACCCUUAUUUCUUUAGUCCUUUGCAUAUGACGUGAGCUGGACCAAUGGGGGACUUUAUAACAAGCAAUUAAGCAUGCGCUAAUAAACAUACACUUUUAAUAUGAAGCGUUUAUUUUAUAACAGACUUGAUAUCAUAUUUAAUAGAAGCGUUUGUGAGAAUGGAAGAGCAUAUAAGCAUGAGAAGAUGUUAUAGCGUCCAUACAUGAUUGUAUCAUUCUGCCUUGAAUCUGAAUCGUGGUUUGUUUUUGUUGAUACCAAAUAUUAUAUUUAAUUCGAGUCAAACUGUGUGAUGUAGAUCAAGAUGGCUGAUUUCAGGAGGAAAGAGACGUUUUAUCACUACUGCAUUAUAAACUGUGCAUCCGGAAAGUGUUGAUAGCGCUUCACUUUUCCCACAUUUGUUUAUGUUACAGCCAUGUAACCAAAAUGGAUU